GCGGCGCGGCCGGACCCCGCCAGAGCGCUCAGUGGCGCGCCGGUAUGCCCGGUCGAUUCCCGGGCGCGCGCAAACUUUCGUUCUUACCCGAAACAAUCGAAAAUCCUAAAAUUCAACCCGAACCGACGUUGUCUACCGUGAAUCCGGCCCCGCUAAAAUAAAAUCGGUGAAUUAAUAUCGAUCGACGAUUUAAAAACGACGGAAGUGUAUUAGAUGUUAGACCGGAGAGACGUUUAUGGUGGAAGCAUGGGACAUAUCUGGACAUCUGUCGUGUGAUAACAAAAGCACUUUACAGGGUCGCGGGAUGGGUUUUAAUUGCCUUUUAAUUUAGAUUUCGAUCAUGGACAACUGACUUUUUGACAUAUAAACGCUGUUGUGCCGCAUGAUUCUGUUAUGAAAACAUUUUGGUAACGAUAUUGCCGUUGGUUACAGAAUUGUAAAAACAAUGUGUUAGAGCCGAUUUCACCGGAAAGCGAUAGAUCAUGAAUAAAACAUCCAUCACACCGAAGAGCACGUGGCUGGGCAGGUGAGCGAUGCGGGCGCGGUGGGCGGCGUGGCUCGCGUGGUGCGCGUGCGCCGCGGCCGCGCCCGCCGACCUGCGCCUGCCCUCCGCCGCGCCCGCCGCGCAGGUCGCCGCACUCCCCGCCUGCAACCUGCUGUACUUGAAGAACCAACCGCCUUUGCCGUCGAACGUGCGGGAGUAUGAAGCGGCCACCGCGCACACGGCGCGCGCCCUGGCCGAGCUGGUGGAGCUGGGCGCGGCGGACGAGACCCGUGCAGCAGCGCUGGCGCGCGCCGCCGCCCGCGCCCCCCUCUCGCCACCCCCCGCAGCCGUCGCCCUGGGCGCGCCGCAGCUGCAUCUAGGAGUACUCUACGUCGCCGAACCGCCCCGGCUCAUAGUCUUCCAACAGAAUAACUCGUUAUCUCUCCGACAAUUCUGGAGGACUCUGGCGUCAGCAUGGAACGCCACUACAGUCGUGUGGUCAAACGCGUGGUUCUCGUGUGACAAGGCAGACUUGGGCUGGUGGGGAGGAGUGGCGGCGGCUCGUGGUGCCGGCCCUACGCGAGCCGCCGCGGCUAUAUUCCGGCGAUGGCCCUCGCUGCCGUGCGAGGAAGCCAUGUACGAGUGGUUCGGUGGUCCACCACUUUGUGACCCGGCAACAUCUCUUUGCGAAGCAUUACCAACUGAUGGAUCUACUACAAAGAAACUAGAGUACCGCUGCAAAUGCCGGGACAGCCACUGGCACCCGCUGGGCAGCGAGUGGGUGGGCGAGGCGUCGCUGCGUGCGAGCGGCGCCGCGCUCUCAUGCACGCCGUGCGGCGUUGGCAGCGGCGCCGCGGCCUGUCUAGCUGAUGUAUACCGUGCUGCGUUGCUGGCAGCAAACCUAGCGGGGAUGCUCAUCUGCUUGGUCAUAGGACUCAUCAUCUUUAAGAAGAGAAAAUGCAAAGCAGUCGCAAUGGGAAUGUGGACAGUUUUAGAAGUGGUUCUGCUAGGGGCGCUGUUGAUGUAUGCCUCCGCUGCCUGUCAGUACAUAUCGGAGGCGCAGUGGCGUUGCGUCGCGGGCGCGUGGCUCCGCGAGCUCGGCUUCGUGGCGUGCUACGGGUCGGUGGUGCUGCGGCUUUGGGUGUUACUAGCUGAGUUCCGAACGAGGAAAGCUCAUCGGUGGACGCCCAGGGAUUCUGAGGUGUUGCGGGUAGUCGGCGCCAUGAUUUGCGGCGCGGUGUGCUACCUGGCAGCGUUCACGGCGACGUCUGCGUGCGGCGACGGUAGCGGCUGCGCGCGCGCCGCCUGGCACCACGUCACCGCUGCUGCGGAGUUACUGCUACUGGCUGCGGGCGCGAGGAUAGCCUACGCUGCGAGGAACGCUAAUGUGCCGUUUCAGGAGCGGGGCUGGCUGUCAGCGGCGCUAUGCUGCGAGGGCGUGUGCGGCGCCGGCUGGCGCGCGGCGGCGCUGUGGGGCGUGGCGCCGGAGCGCUCGCCGCUGGCCGCGUCGGCGCGCGCGCACCUGUCCGCCGGCGCCGCGCUCGCCUGCGUCCUGGCGCCGCGCCUGUGGCAUGGCUACCGCGCGCGCUCGCUGGCACAGGAGGUGUCCCGUCGUGGGCCAUCUGAGGGCUUCGGCGUGGAGGGCGAAGAGGAAGCGACUUCUGAGGAGGUGCGCGCAGAACUCAAGCGCUUAUACGUGCAGCUCGAGAUCAUGCGCAGUAAGACGCUGCGCCAAGACAACCCUCACAUCAGCAAGCGGCGCGGCGGCCGCAAACCGCCGCACAGGCGGUUCUCGCUACAGAAAAAGGGCAGUCGCGAAAAGGCGCUGCAGGCGCGGCGAGGCGGCAAAGGCAAGGGCGGCGGCAGCGCCAGCGUGGUGGAGGCCAGCGAGGCGGGCGACGUGUCGCGCACGCCCGAAGACUCCGUGUGCUCGGCCGAGGGGCCCUCGCACUACACCGACGCCGACACGCAGGCCUGAGCCUCGGGGCCCGCGGGGGCCCAUCAUCUACAUCCACUUGACAGUGUUAAAAGGAAACGAAACAGAGGUGCGUCUCCCGUGCGAGGCGAAGUCACUAGUGAAAAUUCACCGGCGGGAGAACCUCGAGACUCUAACUCGGUGUAACGGAUUUGAAAUCACCGCUCGUUCCUGGAGCUCAGUUGAGCGAGCGGACAGAGUAGGUUGUCGUUUUGUAUUUAAAUGCGACUUAUACGGCUAUCUUAACGAAAAAGGGCACAACUAUUUCGACCUGCUCCCACAAUCUGUUACGAAAGGGUUGGAAAUCACUUUCUAUGACAUGCUCCCUAAACAUUGUGUUGUGACCAGCGUUUUAGGACCCUUGACACUGCCUACAUCAAAUAUCGUGUGACAGCGAUGAAUACCUGCCUUUAGAAUAAUAUAAUAAAACAAAUCAUAAUAGCGCACAAUACGUUAAUAUAUUCAUAGUAAGAAAAAAAUAAAUUAAUCCUUAUUGAAUUUAUUCGAGAGAUGUACAAAUUAUUAGAUGUGCCUUUUUGCGUUAUGACGGCAGCAAACAAACUCAACUUUAACGUGUAUCUUGACGUUGAUAGGACUAGGAAGGUAAGAAGUGUUGGCUGCAACUUUAAAGUGCGAGUACCUAUAUCGUCAAGUUAUCUAAGAAUUUUCAUCUUAAACUAUUUACUUUUCAAUACAUACACUCACAAUAUAAUUCUUGUAGAAAGAUUCGGCAAACAGCCUAUAUCCAGAGACGUCCUAUUGUAUACCUUGUCAACUAUCAAGACUUAAAUGCACUACUACUGCAGUUAUUUAAAAUUCGUAUUAUUUUAGUUUGUUCUCUUUAAACAUUGCUGCAUAAAAUCUACUUGUUUAUUUAAUAAAAUUGGGAGAUUAGAAUACUUAAUACUUAAAUAUAUUUGGAGCGUUCGUUAUGUAACAAGAUUUCUAAUCAUACGUGUAAAAAUAUUAGUACAAUAAUUUUAUUUAUUAAGUAUGUCUGUCUAUUCAUAGAAGAUGUAACAUUUUAUACCUGUACCUACUUAGAAAGAGGAGGAUCUUUAAUAUCGGUGAGUGUAUCCUGAAAGUUGUUGUUGCUGUCGAUAUUAUCUAAACUAUGCUUGUUACUUCUAAUUAUACAAGUCCUUGCUAUUCAUAUUAUUAUUCUUUUCAAUUAAUAUUACAAAAAUCUAUGUCAUUUGGAGUUUGGGUAUAGUAAUCUAAUUCAAUGCAAACCGUUAACUUCCGAAAUUAAGACAUGAACUACCUAUCAUCUAGAUCCGAUUCUACGAGUACAGUGGGUAAAUUUUUCAGUUAUCAGCUGACUUACUAUCCGAAGAUUGAAGAAUGAGUUUAUCAUUUCUAUAAAAAAUAUGUCAAAACAACAAUAAAUUCUCUAGAUAAAGGUUAUCAGAUAUUGUAAAAAUUUUCCCAAGUUCAAAUGAGGUGCUUAGGAAUUUAGCUUAUUAAUGCAACAAAUACAUACCUACAUUUAAGUAGUCAAAUAAAUAAAUACACGCCAUUUAUCGGUAUGUUGACUAUUCUUUAGCAGAAUAGUUAUCAAUUGAAACAUUCGAACUUUAAGAGUGUUCUUAGUCGCAUAUAAAUUAACCCAGGACUGCAUAAAUACCAGACCGGGUGUUUCAGAAAGUUACUGUCACGUUUGAGAGAUUAUUCGAAUUUUGCAUGAGAAUUAUUCAAAAGAUGUAAGAUCAUAAUCAAAGGUAGGCACUAUCACCUGAGCUCUGCUCGAAAAAUUUUUUUGAGACACUGUACUCGUAUAAUGGUCGCUAAUCGUGAAGCGUUUAUAGAGCAAUAAACAUCAUCGGUGAUUUAGCAAUGCAAGCUGUAUCUGAUGUGCUACAAAUACCAAAUCCACUACGAGUAUCUCAUCCCUAUAAUCAUUGCAAAAUACCUUAACUUAGAAUCUAAUUAGCUAUCUAUCUUAAUACUCAAAAAGACUAUAAAGUAUGGUUGUAGUUUCUUGAUUCAUAUUCUUAUCACUAGUUAAAGAUAUCGUGCCGGACAAAUCAGUUACCAUGAAAUAACAAUAAUUUUGUAUUUAAAACCGUCAUAUUCAUAUAUUUUGUACUCAGUGCGUUAGUACUGAAUUAUUUACCAGUCGUAUAGUGUCAUUUUGUUACGUUUUGUAAUUUUAUCUAAACAUAAUAUUGUUGUGUACCUUUUCUCUAGUCUUCGAUGAUAGUUGAAAUUGUUAUUAGUUUUGUACCCUAUUUAAUAACGGGUGUUAGUUUUAAGAUUUUGUACAUAGUAGAGCUAAACAUUUUGUAAGUGCAUGUGAGGUGCAUUUUUGUUUAGGUUUAUAAGAGCUGAUUGCUGACUUGUACACGGUCACAUGUUGUUAUUCAAUGGGGAAAAUAGUUCUGAUGAACCGAAACCUUUUCAAUAUUCUGGCUCGUAAAGUGGCCUUUUAUAAUUAUCACCACCACCAGUGCAUUUGGCACUUGUGUCAUAAUGAAAGUAUCAAUCCGCAAAUCCUGAGUUUUGAUAAAUAACAACCACUUGUUAUGGAUAUAUGACUAAAAACAAGCUGUUAUAGGUAAUUGUACAAAAACGCCACAUUUCUACCAAUGUGUAGGAAUUUACAAUAAAUUCAAAAAUAUUUAUAUGUUUUUUAAACAAUUUAUAGAAUAAUUUCUUUUCCCCUUAUUUUUACGCGCAAUGACUGUCAAUGACCAGGGGGCAGUGAGGUCAAGUCAGUGGUCAGCCUUACGUUGAGCUUUAUUCAAUGUUCGCGGCGAGAGCGGCGUUGUGAUGCCCUGAUUAUUAUUGUAAUAAUGACACAAUAUUAUUUAUUGAAUAAAUAAUAAUGUUCUUAA